CUAUAAAUACAGUGGACAUUUAAAGCAAUAAAGUGGAUAAAUAAGCAUUUCCAUGCGCAAUUGCGCAAAAAGUCUCAAAACUAUUCGACUAAUACGCUGUCAUUAAAAAGGGCGUUAAAUUGCAUCCAGUUACUGGUGGUCACGAGGUGCGUUUGACCGCGGACACCAUUUCUUUUGUAAGAAUUUUAAAAUUUUUAAUUUUAAUUCUUGUUAUUUCCAUCUUAAUGAAAAAAAGAACAAGGCAGUGAGUGUAAUUUGUGAACUCCAAGGAGCAGCUUAUGUUGUAGUGGAACUGACAUUGUAACGACACCGUAGCCUUCUAUAGGACCUCCCCUUGAACCGCUGUAAUUUGAGGCUCAACCACCUCCAUCAUGGUGGUGGCAGAAGAAAAAAGAAAAAAAAAAAAAAAACAAAGUUCAAAACUUCUGUUCUGACAUUCCCCGGUCCUCCUCCGACACACAGACCGGCCGCCUAGCCUCAGACUUCACAUCCUCUCAGGCAAACGCUUCAUUCUAUCAACGGGACGCCAUGUGGGAACCCAAACGCACCAAGUGGUUCGGCGCUCAGCGAGCCUCCCCUGAAGUUGGAGAUGCACACAUGAGGUCUGUCUGCCUGGGUGGUCUCUCUACUUUAGUGAGCUGUUGCUAAGCAGCUAAUAAUAGUCGUGUUUGCUGAGUAAUUUUUGCCCUUCUGGAACCAAUCAGAUGCAAGAAAGUCCUGCGAUCUGACAGCCCCAGAGGCGGGAUCUCGAGUUUUUUUUUCUUUUCACCCCUCCUCCUUCUCUGCCUCCAAAUGGAGAGAGGUCUUUUUCUCCUCUUCUAUUGAAUCUCAGAGUUGGCCGUGACGCGCGGCCCAGGGGAAGACCACAUAGAUCUCAGCAGAAUGCUACGACCAUCGAGGUUUCUUGCCCGACGACUUAUGUAUGGGAAUCCCUUUGCGCACCUCGCUUUUUGAGAGAAACCUACUUUUUUCAAGAGACACGGUGAAUGCGGUGAAAGCGGUGGAGACCUCCGGAUCACGAAAUGUUGGGAUGGAAGGCGCAGACUUUGACUCGCCGUCUCCAACAGGAGUAUGAAGUCCUACUUCACGGGUGUGAGAUCUCCGAGAGUGAAACUCUGUCGCCUUGGGAUAUCGCUACGCGCUUUCGGGGAAAUACUAUAAAGUGGGAAACGGUAACCAUCUCGCAGUCCCCGCAACAUGGCCUCGGCUGCUAAUGCGCACUCCGAGCAGGAAAACAGAGACCCCGAUCGGCCGAGGAUAACGCGGAGGAACAGGGGGGACUAUACCCGCAACACACCGCUGGAUUUGGAGUAUUUGCAGCGGCCGAGCUACUGCGAUGCGGGCUUUGCUUUGGAGCAAAUAACAGAGGGGAAGGCAACGGGGAGGAAGGCACCUCUGUGGCUGAGGGCGAAGUUCCAGAGACUUUUGUUUAGGCUGGGCUGUUACAUACAAAAGAACUGCGGAAAGUUUUUGGUUGUGGGCCUCAUGAUCUUUGGAGCUUUCGCCGUGGGCUUAAGGGCAGCUAAUUUGGAAACGGACGUGGAGAAACUCUGGGUUGAAGUUGGUGGGCGUGUGAACCAGGAGCUAAGGUACACGCGGCAGAAGAUGGGCGAGGAGGCCAUGUUUAACCCUCAGCUGAUGAUCCAGACGCCGCGGGAGGACGGAGCCAAUGUGCUUACUGUCGACGCUCUCCUGCAGCACCUGGAGUCAGCAAUCCGAGCCAGCAGAGUUCAUGUUUACCUAUAUAACAGACAAUGGAAAUUAGAACAUUUAUGCUACAAAUCAGGAGAACUAGUCACAGAAACUCAUUUUAUGAACCAGAUCAUAGAAAAACUACACCCCUGCCUCAUCAUCACCCCUUUGGACUGUUUCUGGGAGGGAGCUAAGCUUCAUUCUGGAAUUGCCUAUCUCCCAGGUAAAGACCCUCUGCAGUGGACCAACCUUGACCCCCAGGAUUUCAUUGAGGACUUGCGAGAGGUGAACUUGCCCGUAGAAGUCUUUGAGGAGAUGUUGGAAAAGGCCGGCGUCGGACAUGGCUACAUGGACCGGCCCUGUCUGAACCCCGCCGACCCCGACUGCCCCCUCACCGCACCCAACAAGAACUCAACUAAGCCGUUCGAUGUGGCGCGGAUCCUGAGCGGAGGCUGCCACGGCCUGUCCAGGAAGUACAUGCACUGGCAGGAGGAACUGAUCGUAGGAGGGACCACCAAGAACGGCAGCGGGCCCCUGCUCAGUGCCCAGGCCUUACAGACCAUGUUCCAGCUGAUGACUCCCAAGCAGAUGUUUGAGCACUUUCGGGGCUACGAGGAGGUUUCCCACAUCAACUGGAAUGAAGAAAAGGCCGCGGCCAUACUGGAAGCCUGGCAGAGGAGAUACUCUGAGGCUGUGCUGCAGAGUGUGGCGGCAAAUUCGUCCCAGAAGGUCCUGUCUUUCACCACCACCACCCUGGAAGACAUUCUCAAGUCCUUCUCCGACGUCAGCGUUAUCCGCGUGGCCAGUGGGUACCUGCUGAUGCUGGCCUAUGCGUGUCUGACCAUGCUGCGGUGGGACUGCGCCAAGUCUCAGGGGGCCGUCGGGCUGGCGGGUGUCCUGCUGGUGACGCUGUCUGUGGCAGCCGGUCUGGGCCUCUGCUCUCUCCUGGGCAUCUCCUUCAAUGCCGCCACCACGCAGGUGCUCCCCUUCCUUGCUUUGGGAGUCGGAGUGGACGACGUCUUUCUCCUCGCUCAUGCCUUCAGUGAGACCGGACAGAACAAGAGGAUCCCAUUUGAGGACCGUACGGGGGAGUGUCUGAAGAGGACCGGGGCCAGCGUGGCUCUCACCUCUAUCAGCAACGUCACGGCAUUCUUCAUGGCGGCCCUCAUCCCCAUCCCGGCGCUCAGAGCCUUCUCCCUGCAGGCUGCGGUGGUGGUGGUGUUUAACUUCGCCAUGGUGCUGCUCAUCUUCCCCGCCAUCCUCAGCAUGGACCUCUACAGACGAGAAGACAGACGUUUUGACAUUUUCUGCUGCUUCUACAGCCCGUGUGCCAAUCGCGUGAUCCAGAUCGAGCCCCAGGCGUACCUGGACGGGGCGGACGGCAGCCGCUACAGCCCUCCCCCGUCCUAUCGCACCCCUCCUCCCUCAUAUCAGACGCCUCCCCCGAGCUACAGCAGCCCCCCUCCUUCGUACAGCAGCCACGGCUUCGCCCAGCAGACCCAGAUCACCAUGCAGUCCACGGUGCAGCUAAGGACAGAGUAUGACCCCCGCACUCAGGCCUUCUACACCACGGCCGAGCCCAGGUCCCAGAUCUCGGUGCAGCCCAUGAACCCAGCUCCGACUAGAAGCAACCCCAACAAUGACUAUUACAACAACAAUGCAAGCAGCAGCAGCGGCAGCAGUGCUCACGGCAACGUCAGCAACAACAACAGCGGGGGCCGAAGUAACGGUGGAUCCCGAGGUUCUGCCAGCUUCGCCCAUCACCGUCCGGCUCCUCCUCCUUCCGUACCGACUCCGAGCGCGAGCUCCGUUCCUCAGGGUGACGCAGCUUCAUCGACUAGCCAGACUCCCGAAAACAACAGCUCCACGCGGGACCUGCUGUCCCAGAUCGGAGAAGCCUCGCUGGGCCUGCGCUGCCUCGAGCCCCCCUGCUCCCACUGGACCCUAGCCUCCUUCGCGGAGAAGCACUACGCUCCAUUCCUUCUGCAGCCCACCACCAAGGUGAUCGUGAUCGUGCUGUUCCUCUGCCUGUUGGGAGUCAGCUUAUACGGGACCACCCAGGUGAGGGACGGCCUGGAGCUGACGGACAUCGUGCCCAGGGAGACCAGCGAGUAUGACUUCAUCGGCGCCCAGUUCAAGUUCUUCUCCUUCUACAACAUGUACGUGGUGACGCAGCGGGGCGACUACGCCCAGAACCAGCCCUUGCUCCACCAGCUGCACCAGAGGUUCCACACUGUCCGCUACGUGCUGAAGGAGGACAACGGACAGUUGCCCCGCAUGUGGCUCCACUACUUCAGGGAUUGGCUGCAAGGCCUCCAGCAGGCAUUUGACAAGGACUGGGAGGCCGGCCGCAUCACCCUCAACAGCUACAGGAAUGGCUCUGAUGAUGGCGUCCUGGCGUACAAGCUUUUGGUGCAGACGGGACGCAGGGAAAAGCCCAUCAACUUCAAUCUGCUGACUCGUCACAGACUUGUGGAUGCAGAUGGGAUCAUCAACCCUGGAGCUUUUUACAUCUACCUAACAGCCUGGGUCAGCAAUGAUCCCGUGGCGUAUGCCGCCUCGCAGGCCAACAUUCGACCGCACCCUCCCGAGUGGCUCCAUGACCGUACCGACUCCAUGCCCGAGACACGCCUCAGCAUUCCGGCUGCUGAGCCCAUUGAAUACGCACAGUUCCCCUUCUACCUCAACGGGCUCCGGGAGACGCCGCAGUUUGUGGAGGCCAUCGAGAGCGUGAGGGCCAUCUGCAGCAACUACAGCCGACAGGGCCUGCCCUCCUACCCCAACGGCUACCCAUUCUUGUUCUGGGAACAGUAUGUUAGUCUACGCCACUGGCUUCUGCUGUCCAUCAGUGUUGUGCUUGCCUGCACCUUUCUGGUCUGCGCCCUCUUCCUGCUCAACCCGUGGACCGCCGGCAUUAUUGUGUUGGUGCUCUCUCUCAUGACCGUGGAGCUCUUUGGCUUCAUGGGGCUGAUGGGAAUCAAGCUGAGCGCCGUCCCCGUCGUCAUACUCAUCGCUUCUGUGGGCAUCGGAGUGGAGUUCACUGUCCACGUGGCCCUGGCGUUCCUGACAGCCAUAGGGGAUCGUCACAAGCGGGCAGUGCUGGCGCUGGAGCACAUGUUCGCCCCGGUGCUCGACGGAGCCUUCUCCACUCUACUGGGCGUCCUGAUGCUCGCGGGGUCCGAGUUCGACUUCAUCGUCAGGUAUUUCUUUGCAGUGCUAGCCAUCCUAACCGUUCUCGGAGUACUGAAUGGAUUGGUCCUCCUGCCAGUGUUACUAUCAUACUUCGGGCCCUAUCCAGAGGUGACACCGGUCGACGGUCGUAGCCGGUUACCCACGCCCUCCCCCGAGGCCCCUCCUCACGUGGUCCACUUCUCAGUCCAUCCUCACCACACCACUGGGGCCACCGCCACCAACACCACCACCGCCACCACCACCUCUGGCGCAGCUUCGGACUCGUCAGACUCCGAGUACAGCUCCAACACCACAGUGUCCGGCAUCAGUCAGGAGCUGCAGAAUUACAACCUGCACUCUCGCAGGGGACAAACCCGGGCAGAGGAGCCGCAGUGCCACCUCCAGACCAGCAGGGGCAGAGCAGCAAGGACAGAGGAGGAAAGGAGAGUAGGCUCAGGACACAGGCGCUCAGCCAGACAGCCUGACCCCCCAGCCUAUACUUUGUCUUCGGGUUGUGAUUCUGGGUCCCAGCAUGGGGCUACUCAGCGAAACAGCAGCAGGGACCCCAAGAGCCAGCUGCACUGGCAGGCCCCACCCCCAGCCCGCCCGCGCAUGGACGCUUUUGAAACUGCUACUGAGGCUGGGGGCCAUUAUGGCUCACACAGCCAUAGAGAACACUCAGCGGGCCACAGGGGCCGCUCUUCCCACAACCCACAGCCCAGCCACCACCUCCCGCACCAUCACCCCAACCCCACCCCGUACUGCCAACCCAUCACCACGGUAACGGCGUCGGCCUCGGUCACCGUCGCCGUUCACCCGGCGCCGUUGCCCAGCCAGAGCCCCGCCUCCUCUUACCCGGGAUACACUGCAACGGACAGUUCAGGACAGGAGGAGCCGGAGCCUGCGUUCCAGGACCCGCACGUGCCGCUGUACGCUCAGACGGGGGCCAGAGGCGUCCAGGUGGAGGCCAUGGAGCUCCAAGAUUUGGAGUUUGAGGCAGCUGAAAGCAACAGUGACAGACGGGCUAGCUGAGUUCUGGAGAACACAAAUACUACAGCCAAAGAUGGACUCCUCUGCAUCACUAAGCAGCUGACCCGGCCCGGCCCGGCCCGGCCCAGCCCAGCCCAGCCCAGCAUAGCAUACCCCAACCUGGCUCUCCCCCCGACCCUAAGCAGCGAGAAACUUGCCAGUGUUGCCAUAAUGGUGCUCAUUCUUACUGUAACCCAGUGAACUGUUUUUUUAGAUAUUUCUAUCUAUAUUUAAAAGAUGUAUACAUAUGUAAAUAUGAACAAAAAGUAGGUAUACUUUUAGGAGCUGUACAACUCCUCAUGUUAACAGACUGGGGCUGCCAUUUUAUAUGGUGUGCGUGCGUGCGUGUGUGUGUGUGUGUGUGUAAAUGUGUGCGUGAGAGAGAUGGAUCUCUGAUUACUGUUCACUUAUCUGUGGAUCUGUGCCAUUAGGAAGCUUCAUCUAGACAAAAAUACACGUCAGCAUUCACUGUUGCUGCUUAAAAUAUUUUUUACAAAAAGUAUACAUAUAUAACUCUAUGCAAAUGUCUCUUUAAACAACAGAAGUGAUCUGUCUAUGUGUAUGUGUGUAAGUGUAGUGGGUGUGUGUCGGGCUGUAUGAUGUGAAACGGCCCUUUUUUAUUUUUCUGACUUCUACUUCAGAUACAUCCUCAGAACAGACUAACAUUUACACUCAUUGAAAACAUGAGGGAAUUUGUUAGAAUUAUCCAACAAAGCUAUGGUAUAUGUGUGUGUGUGUGUGUGUGUGUGCGUGUGUGUGUUACUGUGUGACUGUUUAUUAUUGUAUAAAGGUACGCUUGUAAAACUAUUAAUUUUUUAUCACAAACCUGUGGUAGUUAUGAAACAAUUACUGUUUAACUUGACACGCCAUGCGUGCUAUUUAAGACAAGUUGAUAUGAAGAAAUUUUUAAAGCUGUUUUUUUUUUUUUUUUUUUUUUUGGUGUCUGUCUUGUUUUUCGCCUCAGCAUUGGAACCUGUUUCUGCUCUCAGCUUUGUAUCACUGUCUGUUAGGCUGACCUCCGGUUGUGUUUUACUGUAAGAGGUUAUGUAUUGGUUAACCCUAGCAGGCUCAACACAGGUUCUGUCUUAUAUACUGACAUACGAGCAGUAAACCCACCUCAGAAAACUCACUCUACCUUUUACAGGGACAUUAUCAUUACUGAUUCUGGAACAGGGUCAACACGGGGCGCUGACUCCGCACCCUAAGUGGCUGUGUCUCGUGGAUAAGCUAAAGCUCAGACUGUAUACUGUAUGACCCGAUUCAGCGUGCACUUGACUGCAUUUAAACUUCACUCACAGGAAUAUGUAUCGCCUUAAGUAGCCUUUUCUGUCCAUCCAAUAAGCUAGCCCAUGCAGCCUGCUGAGGUAUGGCCUUUACAAUAUGUUCUACAUUUGUGUCUCUCUCUGUCUAAGCUCUCCUUUAGUGACAAUAAAGACAACUGGCCCCAGUUUGGCCACAGCUGUCCCCACUGACCUCGGCUAAUAAAAAGCCACAACAUAAUUCCGUGACAUAAUUGGACGUCUUUCACUCAACUGCUAAAUUGCACAGCCCAGAACCUCAGGGGUCAGAGUUUACACGCCGCCAGCCCCUCUCUCCACCCGCAACGGC